AGGACGGGAAUGCGAGUAACGCUAUUGGCCGGCGCCUGCCUGGCUUUUCGGCGAGCUAGGCGGGCAGGAAGCGAUAGCGUCGGCCGAGGCGGUUCGGCGGGGCAGGCGGAUUCUCCCGACAAAUCUAGCCAUGGAAGCCGAAGAGACGAUGGAAUGCAUUCAGGAAUUUCCAGAACAUUACAAAGUAAUUUUGGACAGACUGAAUGAGCAGCGGGAGCAGGAUCAAUUCACAGACAUCACUCUGAUUGUGGAUGGUCAUCAUUUUAAAGCCCAUAAAGCUGUCCUUGCUGCCUGCAGCCAGUUUUUCUACAAAUUCUUCCAGGACUUCACUCAGGAACCUCUAGUAGAGAUAGAAGGUGUCAGUAACAUGGCAUUUCGUCACUUAAUUGAGUUCACGUACACCGCCAAGCUAAUGGUCCAAGGGGAAGAGGAAGCAAAUGAUGUCUGGAAAGCAGCUGAGUAUCUUCAGAUGCUGGAAGCCAUUAAAGCACUUGAAAUCAGGAACAAGGAAAAUUCAUCGCCACUCGAAUCAAAUCAGGCACAAGAUAAAAAUAAAGCCAAAAAAAGGAAGAUAGCAGAGACUUCCAAUGUUAUUACGGAAACACUGCCUUGUGCGGAAUCGGAGCCAGUUGAAAUCGAGGUAGAGAUUGCGGAAGGGGCUAUUGAUGUGGAAGAAAACAACAUUGAAGCACUCGAGGAGGUAGCUUCUGCUGAGCAGUCUAUAAAGUAUAUACAGACCACGGGUACUUCGGAUGAGUCUGCUUUGGCUCUUCUGGCAGAUAUCACCAGCAAGUUCCGCCAUGGGGAGAGAAAAAGUGAAAUUCAGGAGGAAUGUGAUAGCAUAUCUGAUCCAAUGGGUAAACAGGUGGAAGGCAUUGAGAUCAUGGAACUCCAGCUUUCGCAUGUCAACAACCUUUUCCACUGUGAAAAGUGCAACCGUACAUUUAAGUUGUUUUACCACUUUAAGGAACACAUGAAAACGCACUCCACUGAAAGUUACAAGUGUGACCUAUGCAACAAAAGGUACUUGCGGGAGAGUGCAUUGAAGCAGCACCUUACCUGUUACCACCUUGAUGAAGCUGGAGCCAACAAGAAACAAAGACCUGGCAAAAAAAUACACGUCUGCCAGUACUGUGAUAAACAAUUUGACCACUUUGGACAUUUUAAAGAACAUCUUCGGAAACACACAGGUGAGAAACCAUUUGAGUGUCCAAACUGCCACGAACGUUUUGCUCGGAACAGCACACUCAAAUGUCACCUGACAGCUUGCCAGUCUGGUGCGGGUGCUAAAAAGGGACGGAAGAAACUUUAUGAAUGUCAGGUCUGCAACAGUGUAUUUAACAGCUGGGAUCAAUUCAAGGAUCACUUGGUAAUACACACAGGAGACAAGCCCAACCACUGUACCUUAUGUGACGUGUGGUUCAUGCAAGGCAGUGAGCUGCGGAGGCACCUGCAAGAAAUUCACAACAUUUCAGAACGGAUAGUAACUGAGGACAUUCUUCCAGUGGACAGCGAUCCGGUGGCAUCCAUGACUAUCAUAGAGCAGGUGGAACAAGUCCACGUGUUGCCCGUAAUUCAGGUCCAGGUGGAUCCCGCACAAGUGACAGUAGAGCAGGUGCACCCAGAUUUGAUACAGAAUAAUCAAGUAAAAGGUGAACAAAUAGCAGAGCUGCAAGAGCAGGUAGAGAUCAGCUACUUAGAAGUGGAGCACAUUCAGACUGAGCAAGGCACUGAAGUGCAUAUGGAGGAGCUAGACGUGGACCAUGUGAACCAGUUACGAAUGGAAGAGGUUCAGGCACAGCUUAUAGAGGAAACUGACCUAGAGCAAGUGGAAUCAGGACAUGUGGAUCAAGGAGAACUGGAAGCGAGCACACCUGUUCAUCAGGUGGAGGAGGCAAAGGCACAUGCAGCAGAUCAUGAAGAAGCUGAUGAUUUGAAAACUCAGCCAAUAGUGAAUAUGCAAGAAGAAAAGGUGGAGACCUAGAAAAUGUUGACUGUGCUUACCUGUGAUUUGGAAAAUGUCAUACCAAAUUAUUUUUGUUCAUUUUCUUGUUUGACUUUUGCACCGCUCUCUUGUACCUUAGGGAAGUGGACAGGUGGACCAAAGUUAGGAUAUUUGACUAAACUGCCCUUCUUGUACUUCUGGGGGUUGGAGGGGGGGCGUGGAAUCCCCUUUUUGUUUAAAAAACAAAAACAGAAAACCACAGAACAAAGUCUAUUCUACAGACAGACAGCUUUGUGUGAAGUUUAAUUGUAAAGUUUUGCCAGAUUGUACCACUAGGUUAUACUGUUUGUCAUUGUGAGAGACUUCUGAAGCAAGUUCUGUUUUCCUUUCAGAAUACUGAGUUUAGUGUUUUAAAGGUUCCAGCAUUCAUAUGGAUUAUCUAAGGACAGUUGGGCGAUCUGCUUAGAAACGGCAGGCUAUUCUCUUUCUCUCCCCCAACCCCGCCUUUCCCUUUAAUGUUUUGCAGUAGCUGCAAACUUCGCUCUAUUUAUGUUGUUAAGUUUGCCACUGUCUUCUAAGCCUAGAAAAUUAUUGGGAUGAAGGUAGAGUGUGCUAAGGUUUUGGUUGUUUUUUUAAAAAAAAGGAAGAACCCUUGUGCCUUCUCACAACUUAAGUAAUUAAACUUCCACAAAGCUUUUAGGAUAUUUACAAAGCUAAUGCAAAACAGACAGUGUAGAUAUUGCUCUUCAGUGCUUUGUAAUUUUGCUUACACUUGUUAGCUACCAGGUGUUUCCCCCCCUGACAUUAAAAUAAACUUAGAUGGGGGAAAGGAAAUGGAUUGAACACUGGCAGUUUUUUUUUUAAAAAGGGCCAAUUAUAAUAGGAAUUUUUUGGCUGCAUCUGUAGCAAGGUAUGAGUUGGCUGAAAGGUUGCACUGGCAUCUUAUCACCAGAUUUUUAUUUUUUAGAGAAAAAAAGGUACAUUUUAUAUUUUAAAGAAAAAAAGCAUUAAAAAUACAAAGUAAAUGUGUCUACUCAAUGCAUCAGGCUACUGUUUUAUUAUUUAAACUUUUUUGACCCUUUACAGAAAGAUCUUGUGCUUAAAAGAUUGGGAAAAAAAAUCAAAAGCCAUAGGUAUGAGUGUUUUAACUGUGGAUUUAUAAGAGUAGGAGUGUAAAUAUUUUAAUCAGUAUUAUUGGAAAAUAAAACAGUACCAACCACAA